AGGAGCAGGAAGCCAGCGCUGCCCCGGGCGCCGCACACAGCGCAGAGGCCGCGCCGUGGGGGACGGUCUGCUGGCUCAGCUGCGGCCACCCCGGUUGGCAUCGGCCCUGAACACUUCCUCCUCGGCUGCGGGGAGCUUGGCUGCCAUGGAGCCCGGGCCGCCUGGCGGCUCCAGGCCCGCGGAGCCCGGGCGUCGCCUGAGCGGAGCGCCCCUGGCGACCUCGGCCUCCUCGAGAAGCGCGGCCCGGGCAGAGCCGGGGAGACUUUCGCUCGCGGUGGCGGCCGUGCUGCCGGCGGGGGGCUCCGGGGAGAGGAUGGGCGUCCCCACCCCGAAGCAGUUCUGCCCCAUCCUGGAUCGGCCGCUCAUCAGCUACACCCUGCAGGCCCUGGAGAGAGUGUGUUGGAUAAAGGACAUUGUUGUAGUAGUAACGGAAGAGAACAUGGAAGCAAUGAGAAGUAUCAUUCGGAAGUAUCAGCACAAACACAUCUCACUUGUUGAAGCUGGAGUAACUCGCCACAGGUCAAUUUUCAAUGGGCUAAAUGCACUGGCACAAGAUCAGCCAGACUGCAAACUCUGUAAGCCAGAAGUUGUGAUCAUUCACGAUGCUGUCAGACCAUUUGUUGAGGAAGAUGUCCUCCUCAAAGUUGUCAUAGCUGCUAAGGCACAUGGGGCAGCAGGAGCAAUUCGACCUCUUGUAUCUACUGUCAUCAGUCCUUCUGCUGAUGGUUGCUUAGACCACUCACUAGAACGUGCCAGAUACAGAGCAAGUGAAAUGCCACAAGCUUUUCUAUUUGAUGUGAUUUAUAAAGCAUAUCAGCAG